GAAAAUAGACAUUGCACCAAAUAAACAAAUGUCAAAUCAAGUGAAUGAAUCCGGGGGCCAACCGGAAGCAUCCACUGCGCUGCACAGUCCCGGGUCUGUUAUGGUACAGGCUUCACUAAAAAUGAAAAAAAAAAAUGAUUUACAAAAAAGACGUAACAGAAAUAAUGCGACCAAUCUUGACAGUGGUCGUCUCUUCAAUGGCGAUAGUCUGCCAGUUGACGUCAUGAGUUUGAAAGUCAAACAAUUUUAACAAUAAGGGAUAGAAUCUCGGAAAACGCUAAAAUAAUAUGUGAUAUUAAUGGUAAUCAGGAUUUCAGAUAUGAUUUUAACAUAAAAAUCAUUGCUAUGGUUCAUCCACAUUUUAGUUUGCUGAUGAUUCCUCUGAAGGUUGAGUGUUGUUAUGUGAUAGGCCUACUGUUAAUAAGGACAACUGAUUGCUACAAGAUCCGAAAAAGCAAUCCAAUAAGAUGAAGGUUUGUUUACCAAUACUAGCAGUUCUUAUAUCAUUCAGUUAUGGUGCUGAUAGUAAAGAACCAUUAAGAACUUCAGCCUGUGCAUUAUAUGAUGUGACACAGCAGAAAUUUGUGAUUAAAGAUGGCUACCAAAGUGGCUGUAUUGUAUCAGGCCAGUUUAUAAACUCGGGAAAUACAACCGGAUGGGGUGAAUUAGGUAUUAAAAGUGUUGAUACUAGUCGCAGUUGGAAUGAUUCAGCUAUGGCUUAUGCAGCUGGUUUAGUUGAAGGUUAUCUUACCAAAACUCUGAUUGAACAAUUCUAUUUCAAUACCCUGGCAACCUAUUGUCCAUAUACAUUACCAUGGACACCAUAUUGUAGUCAACUAAAUAAAUAUUUAAUAUCUAAUCUAGAUUGGGUGCGUAGUAUGAUAACAGAUAAUCCUCAAGAUCCCUACUGGUAUCAAGUGAGACUAUUCUAUGAACAGUUAGCUGGUUUAGAAGAUGGGUAUAAAGAUACACCAGGACAAGUUCAUCUAGAUAUUGAUGUGUUUGGACUAUUUUUAAUGCAGAUAAAUGAUGAUUUGGGUGAUUUAGAGAAAGUUCUGGGUAAACCAGGAGUAGGUAACUCUCGUCCAAUAGGUCAUUGUUCAGCAUUGGUUAAAUUAUUACCAGAAUAUGAUUUAUUAACAUCACAUGAUACCUGGUCUGGUUAUAAUACUAUGUUACGUAUACUUAAAGUUUACGAUCUACCUUACUAUACUACAGUACAGAAAACAGAAAAGAUAGCUGGUUCCAGUAUAAGUUUUUCAUCCUAUCCUGGUUAUCUUUAUUCAUCUGAUGAUUAUUAUAUUACUUCAGCUAGAAUGAUUGUCAUGGAAACUACAAAUCCUACCAAUAAUCUUACUUUGUUUCAUGGCCUGAAACCUGAGGGAAUCGUCAUGGAAGGAAUACGAAACCAAGUAGCCAAUCGAAUGGCUAAUUCAGGUCUUGAAUGGGCCCAGAUUUUUUCGAAAUAUAACAGUGGAACGUACAAUAAUCAAUGGAUGGUAGUAGAUUAUAAACAGAUCACAGAAUUACCUCCAGCUCGACUAUUAAUGGUGCUGGAACAAAUACCAGGCUAUAUACAUUAUGAAGAUCAGACAGAGUUAUUGAUGAAGAAAGGUUAUUGGUCUAGUUUCAACAGAAUCUAUUAUCCUGAUGUUUUUGAGAGGAGUGGAGAGCAGGAAUUAAUUGAUAAAUAUGGAGAUUAUUUUACACAUGAUAAAACAUCAAGAGCUCUUAUAUUUGAUCGAGAUCAAGGGAGUGUCCAUGAUAUGCCAAGUCUUUUCAAAUUAAUGAGGUACAAUGAUUAUACCAAGGAUCCAUUAUCUCAAUGUAAUUGUACACCACCCUACAGUGCUAAUUUGGCUAUCAUGAUGAGAGGUGAUUUAAAUCCUGCUAAUGGUGUUUAUCCUUUUUCUGAGCUAGGUAGAGCAUUAGUAGGUGGAAUCGAUACAAAGGCGGCUUCACUGUUAUAUGUCAAAGAAUUAUCCUUUUUUGCUCAAAAUGGUCCAACUUCUGAUGACCAAGCACCCUUUAAAUGGAGUGAUAUUCCAAUCAGUGAGCAGACACCACAUGUUGGUCAACCAGACGUCUUUGACUUUCCAGUUAUUUCUUUUAAUGUAUCAAAUGUAUUGAAUACUUUCUGAUGUGUUUUUAAAAUUUGACAUGCAUA